AGAGCCGGUAACGUAUGACAGAAAUUGUACAUAUUAAAUUUUCUAUAGUUGCACACAUUGCUAUUGACAUAUCAAAAAGAAUGUGACGAGAUCAAAUUUUCAAUUUUAAAUUUUUGCAGUAAUAAUUUCAAAAAGCAAUCAAAAUUUUUAGUGGAUUCAAGGAAUAUUAUAAAAAAUGAGUAAACCUAGCGAUACCGCGGGAGAAAGUAAAAAUUCCUCCUCGUUACAGCAAAAUAGCAAAAGUAAUAAUAGCAGCUCGAAUGAAUCACUCAAAGUCGAAGAUACCGAAACCAUCCAAUCUAAUGAACAGAAGUUUAAUGAAAUUCCACCUGAGGUACCAGUUUCGAAAACAUCACAAGAAGCUUGGAUAUCAGGAGGUACCUUGGGGUCUCGUAAUACUGUUUUAAUAUUUAAGAGUUCCGCAUUAGCUAAUGCCUCGGAAGAAUUAAUACAACAAAAACCCGCUUAUAAGUUACAUAUUACUUAUAAAGUUCUUCAAGCUGAAUCUAAAUUAUUAUCGAAAUUAUUGGACUGCCAUGGGGUUACAGAAGUUGCUCCGAAUUCUUCAGAUUUUAAUCUACUAUGGACUGGUUCCCAUCCAAAACCAGGUACCAUUAGAUCCUUAGCGCCUCACCAAAGAGUUAAUCAUUUUCCAAGGUCUUAUGAACUAACACGUAAAGAUAGGCUUUAUAAAAAUAUAGAAAGAAUGCAACAUGCUAAGGGUUUCAAAAAUUUCGAUUUCAUCCCUCAAACUUUUGUUAUGCCCAUCGAGUAUAGAGAAUUGUGUUCCACACAUCAUCGUGUCAAGGGACCUUGGAUUGUAAAACCUGUAGCGUCUAGUCGUGGUAGAGGAAUUUUUAUUGUCGAAACUCCAAAUCAAGUGCCUCUAGAAGAACCAGUCGUCGUGGCCAAAUAUAUUUCUAAUCCUCUUUUGGUAGCCGGACAUAAAUGUGAUUUAAGAUUAUACGUAGUCGUUACCAAUUUUGAUCCAUUGAUUAUUUAUAUUUAUGAAGAAGGCCUUGUUCGAUUUGCUACUGUUAAAUAUGAUGCUAGUCACAAGCAGCUGUGGAACCCGUGCAUGCACCUAUGCAAUUAUAGUAUCAAUAAAUACCAUAGUGAUUACGUUAAAUCGGAUGAUCCAUCAGCAGAAAAUGUGGGUCACAAAUGGACCCUUAGUGCUUUAUUGAGACAUUUAAAAUCUGAAGGCAAAGAUACUGCGCUGCUUAUGUCCCAAAUUGAAGAUGUAAUAAUUAAGGCAAUAUUGGCUUGUGCUAAUUCUGUGAUAUCCGCUUGUAAAAUGUUUGUUCCUUAUACUAAUAACUGUUUUGAACUUUAUGGCUUCGAUAUAUUGAUAGAUAAAAUGCUUAAACCAUGGUUAUUAGAGGUUAAUUUAUCACCAUCAUUAAAUUGUGAUAGUCCUUUGGAUGUCAGAUUGAAAUCCGCCAUGUUGGCUGAUUUGUUAUCCUUGGUUGGUAUACCAGCCGUAGAUCCAAUUAUAAGAAUAAACGGAGAUUACCAAAAAUCAAAUUUUAGUCUAAAAUCGAAUUUUAAUCACUGUAGACGUGUGCAUUCCGCAGACGGCUUAGCUAGUACUAGCAGUUCAUUGAAAAAAGGGGCGCAUACUGUUGGUAGAGGUCCUUCUCCGUAUACCGCCGAAGAAGCUAAAAUGAUCCGAUUGGUUACAUCAGAAUUCAAAAGGAGAGGUGGUUUCGUCAGAAUAUUCCCUUCUGCAGAUAGUUGGAUGAAAUAUUCUCAAUAUUUGGAUAGGAAUACAGGUAUACCAUUGUCGGGAAAUCCGGGAACAAACUUUUGCUUAAGCGGACAGCAUAAUUACAAUCUAUUGAUUUACGCACACUUUUAUCCCGAUAUUCCAGUCCUGAAUAAUCCUAAUGAAAGGAAUCAGACUCGUUCGAGACAAACGAUGCUUAAAAGGGAUAUAUCCAUCGAAAGCCACAAAGUAGGUAAUAAGACUUUGAACGGUAGACAGGACCGAUACGAAAGGAUGUUAAGUCAAGGACACAGAUCGUCAUUGGCCCCUUGUAAAAUUACCAGGGAAACUCAUUGUUUGGAUAUAAAGAAGCGAAUAACUGACAUGUUGGAAACUGGCAAAAGGAUUACCCAAUGGCAAGCGAGAAAAACUUUCAGUCAUUAUUUAGCAUGUAUACUAAGGAGGAUAGUGAAAGGACCGGAUCAAGAUGAUCACGUAGAAAUCGUUUUGAAAUUCAUGCAGAAAGCGUCUAAUUAUUUGAGAACACCUUUCAACGUAAAGACUCCAAGUCAAAAGUUGGAUUACAAAGAUCGAGCUGCAGUUGUAGCUAAACAAUUGAAUGAUUUUUUGUAUCUGUAUAACAGAGAAACUGAUUUGUACGUCGAUAAGACGGAAAGAGCUAGUCAAAUACCAAAAAAAAUUUAUAAUGAAUUUUUGGAACACGCCCGAGAAUCCGAUUUGGAGGAAUUAUUAAUAUACCAAACGACUCAAAAUGUACCGAGUUAUGCUACUAAUACAACGUUUCCUGGUUUAUUGAAAUGUAUUCCAGCUAUACCGAAACAUUACGGUCUCAAACCACCCUGUAAGGCGAAUAAAUCGAAAUCCGGCAUGAAUAAACCUCUAGCACAAAUCGAGGUACCCCAAUAAAGAGAUGCUCGUUUUGUAUUAAAUUUUUUCAGGUAUUAUUUGAAAUUAUUAAGAAAUUGUGACUGGUUAUUCGAUUUUUUUUGGUUAUUUGUAUUUUUUUUUCAUUAAUCAGUCAUCUAGUAAUAAUUUAUUCUAUAUGUUACCGAGUUUUUGUUAUAAUACACAGACAUUUUCUUUUCGCACUGCUUUUCCAUGUAAUUUUUUCAUUCAUUCAUUAAGAAAAACAAAACGUUUCUGUGAUACUUUAGCUAACCGUAAUAUUUCAACACCAAAGUUUUGUCGAACCCUGUAUGGUACUUAACGUUUUUACUAAAUACUCACUUAGUUUAUGUCGUUUUGGAAUCGAAAAAGUAAAAAAAAACGAAAUUGAUUUAAUACUUCUGUCGUUUUAAGGCUGAAAGAUUAUUUAGAUAUGAGGGUGAAUCAGAAACUAAGGGAUUUGAAAAUAAAAUAGUUUGUAAUCGUUAAUCAGUUUUUCCGUUUUAUAAACAAUUAGGGCUGGAGAUUAUAGGGUGAAUCCAAUUUUAAUGUGUUCGGAAGCAUACUAUGCCAAACCCAAAAGUCCAUUCAUAGGUUACAACUUUUGCAAGCAUUUUUUUUUUGGUGCCCUCACUGUUUGUAUUGCUUGUUAUCAAUUACAAUUUGAAUAAUGAAUCCCGAUGUAUGUUGUAGGGCUCCACCUUCUUUUAUGGAGGUCAGUAAAAAAAUUUGAUAUCCUUAUUGUACCAAAUUUCGUUUCCUGGUGUGCGGUUUCAUUGUUUUCAUUCCAAGCUGUAGUUGGAUUUUUAUUUUGAAGAUUCUCAUUGCUUUGAAAAGGUUACUUCUAUUCUGUAUUGUCCAGUGGAGUACUGGAGUACAAAACGUUGACUGUAGACUUCAUAAUUCCUCAUAGUUAACUUGCUUCUUUACAUAAGUCAACUACGAUAUAAUUAGUAAACUUUUUUUUUUAAUCUCACAUUUUCUGUGCCUUUUAGAUUAUAAUUUUGUAUAUAAAUUAGUAUUUUCAAUGAUAUUGAAUAAAAUAAUGAAAAUUAUCUUGGCAGUCAAUGUGUUGAAUCCAAUUUUUCAAAAAUCUAUUUCAAUUCAUGUAUCUAAAUUAUCAAAAGAUCAUAGAAACAUUUCUGAAUAUUCUAAAACAAUUAAAAUCGUUUUUAAUUCUUGUAAAAAUUAUUUUUGAACCUAAAGGCAUCAAACACUGUUUUCGGUUCAUCCAGAGUCAUCAAAAAUCCUUUUGACUCAGUCAUAUUUUCUUCAGUGCCUUGUUUUUAACCACUCAAUAGAGCACUUAUUUGUCUAUUGUAUUAAAGGUGUUCUAUAGGGCGGUACAAAUAAAGCCUCUAUUCUUUAGUUCGGAUUCAGAGAGUUUGUUGGGAGUGUUGGAUACUUAUUGAGGGGACAACUUCGUCAGAAAACUUAAUCCCUACAAAUAGAUAAUCAAUUCUGAUAGAAAAUUUUUUCAAAUUCAUAGAUUUUCCUCAUGUUUUGAAAUUUUUCUUUUCCAAAACUGAAUCACUUACUGUAUUUGUAAAAUUUAGAAUUGCAGCUAAUUUAUUUAUUUAUAUUAUUUAAAUGUGUUUUGUUUGUAGUUUAGUUUAUUUAAAAAACUUUUUGACAAAUAUAUUGUGAUAAUUACCCAUAACGAACUACACAACGCUAGAGCACAGUAUUUUUUCUACAUAUCUAAAAAGUUUUUUUAUUUAUUUAUAUGUCAGGUUACACAAUUAAAAUACGGUCGGUUUUUAUCGUUUGUAGCUUUUUUUCAUCCCUUUAGUAUCCAAAACCACCACUUGAGAUACCUGAAAAAGUAAAUUGUAGUUACUUUCAAUAAUUAGCUGGAUUCUUCAAUCGAAACCAUUCCAAACAACAAAUAAAUUGACUGUAUAUAGAAGUUUGACUAAAAUGGGUCUUUAUUUUGAAAAAAAAAAUAAUCAAGUUUACAAUUUGGUAAAAGUUUCACCCAGUAGUUGAAUAAAGACUGUAAAACAUUUAUUUCUCUGAUAGAACUGUUUAAGAAGAACAAUGAAGUCAAUAAAUAUGAUUGUGGUUAUUGGAACAUACCAACUUAUUUAUGCUCAAAAAAAGAUCAUAAUAAAAGUUUCAAAAAAAUCUCUAAGCAAUGAUAAUUUGACUGGUGACAUUUAUUUGGAACUUGUUACGUUGUUGAUGCCCUAAUAACCCAAAAACUGGAAGAUGAUGUAAAUUUUCAUGGAACAAACAAAAUGGAGCAUCUCCAUACCAAUUUACUGGAGAGACUGUAGGACAGGCUCCCAAUUCAACUGGUAUGGAUUUCUUAUGUGGGGGUUUUUGUAGUCCAAACUUUAUGGUACACCCCUAGCAUCUCAUCAAAACCUUGGGUGAAGAAUCGUUUUAUUACAUCAAAAAUGCUGCGAAAAGCUCAUAACAAAAAAUUGGAGGUGGAAAUUCAUUUUCCCCAAUAGUUUUUUCAAAAAGUGUUGCUCAAAAUAAAAAAAAAAUAACAUUGCAUAUAAAAAUGUUUUAUUAUUUAACUCCUUUCGCAAUUUAAGGUAUUUUAAGGGGUACUAAAGGGACAAAAAAGGAAGACAUUGAAACUAUUAUAAAAACUUAAGCCCUUCUAGAUCAAAAUUAGCUAAUUUUAGAGUUUUACUCAAUCUAAACAUAACUUCAGAUAUUUAAAGGUGCACAAUUUAUUUGAGACGCAUUGUUUAUGACCUGGUAUGUUGCGGAACUGAUGCAGUAUUAAAUAUUGAACACAGUUUUAAACUUAAUUAAAUUUACCUCUUUUUUGGUUGUUUAUAUAUAUUAUUUUUAUGAAAACAAUUGAAUGGCAUCAAGAGCAAUUGUAUUAACUUGUUAUAUUACUUCUGUGUCUUUUUGUAAUAUAUUUUAUAUACCUAAAC